CCCAGUAGCAGCAGCCGACUUGCAGCUCCAGGAGACUCACGUCUGGGAGCCUCAUUCCUCUACACUGAAAGCAGUGGGUGGCCUGCCUGGGAGGCCAGGCAGCUGGGAGCGUUCCUUAAAUACAACUAAGGAAUACAGGCAACAUGUUCUAUACUCAUGUGCUUAUGAGUAAACGAGGGCCAUUGGCCAAAAUAUGGCUUGCAGCUCACUGGGAGAAGAAACUCACAAAGGCUCAUGUGUUUGAGUGUAAUCUAGAAAUAACCAUUCAAAAAAUUAUUUCACCUAAGGUGAAAAUUGCACUCCGAACUUCAGGACACCUUCUUUUGGGAGUUGUUCGAAUCUACAAUAGGAAGGCAAAAUACCUUUUGGCAGAUUGCAGUGAAGCGUUUCUUAAGAUGAAGAUGACAUUUCGCCCAGGACUGGUUGACCUCCCAAAAGAGAAUUUUGAAGCAGCUUACAACACUAUCACAUUACCAGAAGAAUUUCAUGAUUUUGACAUCUACAAUAUGAAUGAUACUGAUAUUGCAGAGCCCCUUGCUCAGAACCAAAGUAGACCAGAGGAAAUCACACUUAGAGAAGAAUAUAGCAGUGAUCUACUUUUCCAAGCUGGAAGCUUUGGGGAUGAACCUGAACUCCUCAGAAGACAUAGCUUCUUUGAUGACAAUAUAUUAAUGAACUCCAGUGGUCUUGUAGUUGAACAUAGUUCUGGAAGCCUCACUGAAGAAAAAUCUUUGUUCUUUGACAAUGGAGAUGGAUUUGGAGAUGAAGGAGCUGCAGGAGAAAUGAUUGAUAAUCUAUUGCAAGAUGAGAAUACCUCUUUAGAAGACGAAUAUUUGAACAGAGAAGUUUCUCUGCCUCCUGAGCUUCCCAAUAGUAUAAUGGUAGAACCAGGUAAUUCAGAUGACCAAUAUAUACCUGAAGAUGAAAAAAUAAAUGAAAUACCAUUAGGAUCAAAUGAAGAAGAAGGAUUUACUCUUGACCCAAUUGAUGUUUUAGAUAUUGCUGAUAAAAGGAAAAGAAAAAAGAGGAGAUUGCUCAUAGAUCCAGUCAAGGAGAUAAGUAGCAAGACUAUGCAUAAGCAGCUGACUUCCUUUAUGGACACACUGAUGGUUCUGGACCUCGCGCCCCCCACCCAAAAACUGAUGAUGUGGAAGAAGAGGGGAGGAGUGAAUACUCUUCUCUCAACUGCUACCCAGGAUCUGAUUAAUGAUGAAUUAAAAAUGUUGUUUACAAAGUGCUUCCUGUCCUCUGACUAUAAACUUGCAAAGUUGACACAGGAGUCAAUGAGGAAAGAAGUGGGAAACCAGCCCGUUCUAGAACCCUUGGUGAUGGAAGAGCCAGAUUCCCACAGUGAGUUAGGUCAGCCCCAAGACUGGAAGGAUGUGACUGAUGACUCCGUGGAUAACCCUCAGGAGAACAUCAACAUGAAUAUUAACUCUGAGCCUGAUAUUCUUGAAAUGAUUUCUCCAGCUGCUGAGGGAUUCUCUUCAAUGAACACCUCCUUGGCCCAAGAAAAUUGUCCAGCUGAAUUGGAAUCAUCAGGCAGCAAACAAAAUACUGAGGCAGAAAAAUGGAAUCAACGAUUAUUUCAAACAUUAAAUGUGUUACGGGAAUUCAACAAGAUGGGAAUGCAGUCCUUUAGUCUGAUAAAGCUAUGCAGAAACAAUGACCGAAAACAGGCAGCUGCCAAAUUUUAUACUCUUCUCAUGCUGAAAAAACAUUGUGCUAUUGAGCUAAGCCAGAGUGCUCCCUAUGCAGAUAUUAUAGCUACAGUGGGACCAAUGUUCCAUAAGAUGUGAAAGCAGUUCACAGCAUGCAGGUUUAGACCAUCACAGGCACUUCUGCAAAGACUGUUCAGUUUGAUGCAGAAGCCAUCUGGAAGCAGCUGAUGGUCUGAUCCAUUUCAUAGACAGGCUGGCCUCCCUCUUCCUUUCUAGAGGUCAGAACAAACACAACCAGAAUUGGAAACCUGUGUGGAAACAGUUAUUUUUUUAAAUUAGCUGAUUUGAAUGUGUGGCAUUUAUCAUUGCCCUGAUCUGAAUGUUGCAUUUAGGUUGUGUUUAGGAUAAGUGUACCUCCGGGAAACAUUUAAGACUGUUUCCAAAACACUGUUUUACAUUAGAUUACUGAAGUUUAUGGGGCUAGUGAGUGGUUGUUAUUUUCUUACUUGUAGAUAUUAGUUUAUUUGAUCUACUUUGUGCCUAACUCCCUGGGCUUUAAACCAAUAUGCAAUUUUAAAUAUAUAUACAUUUAUCAUUAAAUAUAUGUGUAUAUAUUUAACUAUAAGAUGCAAAUAACAGAAUUGUUUUAAAUAUUUUUAUUUUUAGAUUAAUAAAAAAUUGGCUUUUUGAUUUUUGGUAUACAGCUCUAAUAUAUAUAUUAGAAUAUACACACAGACAUAUCAAUCUAGACAUAGUCAUAUCAUCUUUUAAAAAAAUCUUUUUGGGUUAUCAUCUUGUGGUAGUUUCCUCGUUCUAUAGCUGGGUGCUAUUCUCCAUGACUACACUUGUGUCUCUUUGGGAAUGUUAUAUAAAUGGAAUUAUAUAGCAUAUAACCUCCUGAGACUGGUUUCUUUCACUCAGUGUAGUAUCCGUGAUAUGCAUCCAAGUCCUUUCCUGUGUCGAUAUACUGUUCCUAUUAAAGACUGAAUAGUAAUCUGUUGCCUGCUUUGAUCCAUUAAAAGACUUUAAGUAUAGCCGGGCGGUGGAGGCGCACGCCUUUAACCCCAGCAUGUGGGAGGCAGAGGCAGGCAGAUUUCUGAGUUUGAGGCCAACCUGGUCUACAGAGUGAGU